CGAUCUUGUAUUUUACCGCCGACUAAGGUUUUCUCGUGGUGUGUGUGAAAUUGCGAUUUUGUUUAAACCGGCUGUGGUGGAAAUUGUCAGAAAAGUUACAGAUUGACAUUAACAGAAUACAAUAAUGCAUUAUUCCUCUGAAAGAGAGGGUGAACGUGAGAGGCAGUUGGGGCAGCAGAUGUUGCAAAUGAUGAUGCAAAAUGUUGGUCAGAAUCAGAACACAUCUGAUUCCCAAGUCAAACAAAUGAUGCAAACCUUGCAACAAGAGUUUGCUUUCCAGAUUGAUAAGCAGGAGAAGCACCACCAGUCAGAUUCUUAUCCACAUUCUGACUCUGCUAUACCAAGCCUGCUUCCUGAAAGGCGUCCCUCUUCCCAAACUUACCCUUCAGCAUCAUCUUAUCCAUCUGAUUAUGCUCGUGAAGAGGCUGUUUAUCAAGAACAGUCUUAUCAGGGUUCUAAAUAUCCUAAUCCUGAAUUACAACAACCGCAGAGACAAUCUAGAUUAGUGGAUCUACCAUCCAAAUAUCCCAGCUAUGAAUCACAACAGCCGCAGACACUGUCAUCGUUAUCGGACCGAUCCUCGUCCAUUCCACCACUAAUGUCUAAUCCUCAACAAUCUGAUCAAUCUGGGGUUCACAGACUCCUGAAUUCCUUGGAAGAUAAAUUAAGAUUUGGAAACUUGGAUGCGAACCAGGCAAUUCAAGUCAGGCUUCUGCAUGGAAAGAUUUCCCAAAUUGCAUCAACACCUCAGCAAGAUCACAAUGUUGGUGGGAGAUCUGCCGGUAUACCGUCACUAUUGGACGGUUCCUCUCGAAUGAUGGACCGUCAAAACGGGUCUCAGUCUGGGUAUAACCAGUACGCCUUGAUGGGAGACUCCAGAGACUCCCUGCAAUCUGGUUAUAACCUUGAAGCUUCUAGGUUUGCAGAACCCAUGCCUUCAUCACUGGGUAGAAUGGAUUCAUUCCAUGACUACGGUUAUUCCAUGAAUCGUGAACCCACUAGAGCUGUAGACCACUCUUGGUAUUCUAGCAAUAGUUCUAGAACGUCACAACAGGCUUACAAACCGGAACAGAGAAACAGACGUUACUCGGAUGUUGUUGAUGGUCAUACUAUUAGAAGACUUGAUGGCAAUAGAUGGCGUUGUUUAGUCUGUCAAACAUCGUUUUCAGUGUGGAAUGACGUGGUUUCACAUGCAGAUGGUGCCUUGCAUGCAGCAAACAAGCAUCAUGCCCAGAAACGAUCAUUAGAACGCCGAUCUUCUGGUGGCAGAGGUUUGGAUUCAUACAGUGACAGAAAGAGAAGUGGAUCACCACAAUAUGGUGGAGCAAAGAGAGCUAAACUAACGUACUGUUCUAUAUGUAAAGUGGACUGCAACACUGAAAAGUCAUAUCAAGAGCAUCUGAAAGGAAAGAAACAUGCACUUAGCAUUGAGACGAUUAUGGAGACCAGCAAGAAGUCUGCUCCCUCAAAGUCAAAUAAAUUCAAUAAGAAAAGUCAAUCCUCAUCUGAGAAAAAGGCAAAAACUUAUUGUGAUACAUGUGACGUAGAAUGCCACCAAGAAAAGUCUCUGGCUAUUCAUCUGAAAACAAGCAAUCAUCAAAGAAAAGUCAAAGAAAUAAAAAAUGAUAAAAUGUCUGCUGCUAAUAAAGCUCAUGUUGCAAGCAUGUUUGAAAUGAGCAUCGCUUGUGGCUUUGGUAGAUCUGAUAAAAUUACAACUGUUGAAGAAUUGAUGGCAUACAAAAAGCGGAUAACAGUUGCUGAUAAGCUUGCUAAAACGUUCAAGAGUACGGACACCCCAGAUGCUGACCUUUGCUUAAUAUGUGCAAGAAAAAUUACAAAGAAAGAGCAAGAUGCACAUUGCAAGUUAGAUCAUCAUAUGAACAAUAUUGAGUCUUUUGAAAAACUUACCAAGUGGUUGAAUUUAUUCACAUUGAUGGUUGAUCCUAAUAAAUGUACCGAGGCAUUCAAGGAAAUUGACUCGCUUGAGAAAUCGCUGAAGUCUGUUGGUAAACCACCAUGUCCAUUUUGUACACUCAAAAAUAAAAAUGUCAAG